AGUUUGUUUGUAUUCGAAGACGAAAAGAAAUAUCUCAAUUUUGUGUGAAAGUUUGGGAAACUUCAGUGCCGUUGCCUUUCUCACCCGAAACCCUAAUGAAACGAGCCCCGGUCGACGACCUCGGCGGAGCCGCCAUCAAUGGCAGCUUGAAGAAACCUGUCUUCCUCACCAAAGCUCAACGCGAGCAAUUAGCCCUCCAGCGCCGCCAAGACGAGUUCGAGGACCAAAAACGCCGCCAGCACUUGCUUCUUACCCAAGCUCGCUCCGGUUCUCCCUCUUCCUCCGCCGCCGUCGCCCCAAACAAUAAUGACCAUCACAAACCCUCCGAUUAUGAUCGCCGCGACCGUGACAGAGACAGAGACCGGGACCGGGAUCGAGACAGAGAUAGGGAUAGGGAGAGGGAGAGGGAUAGGGAUAGGGAUAGAGACCGAGAUAGAGAGAGAGAUAGGGAUAGGGAUAGAGACAGGGACCGCGAGCGGGACAGGGAACGGGAAAGAGACCGGUCGGGCCGUGAGUCGGACCGGCGUAAUAGAGAGAGGGAACGAGAAGAUGAGACCAAGGGACGAGAUCGCGCUCGCGUAGAGAAAUUGGCAGAGAGAGAGCGUGAUAAGGAGCUUGAAGCGAUCAAAGAGCAGUAUCUUGGAUCGAAGAAGCCUAAGAAGAGGGUUAUUAAGCCGAGUGAGAAGUUUAGGUUCUCUUUCGAUUGGGAGAACACUGAGGACACUUCCCGGGACAUGAAUGCUCUCUACCAGAAUCCUCACGAGGCUCAGCUUUUGUUUGGAAGAGGUUUUCGGGCUGGCAUGGACCGGCGUGAGCAGAAGAAGCUUGCUGCCAAGAAUGAGAAGGAUCUUAGGGAUGAGAUUCGAAAGAAGGAGGGUAUUGAGGAGAGGCCCGAGGAGGCUGCUGCUCAGAAGCUCAAGGAGGAGGCUGCUGAUCUCUAUGAUACGUUUGACAUGAGAGUUGAUCGCCAUUGGAGUGAGAAGAAGCUUGAAGAGAUGACUGAGAGAGAUUGGAGGAUAUUCAGAGAGGACUUCAAUAUUUCAUACAAGGGUUCGAGGAUACCUCGGCCAAUGAGGAGUUGGCCAGAGAGUAAAUUGAAUCCUGAUCUGCUCAAGGCCGUGGAGAGAGCCGGUUACAAGAAGCCAUCGCCGAUUCAAAUGGCGGCGAUUCCACUCGGCCUUCAACAGCGUGAUGUUAUUGGAAUUGCUGAGACUGGUUCUGGUAAGACUGCUGCUUUUGUUCUUCCUAUGUUGACUUACAUUUCGAGGUUACCCCCAAUAAGCGAAGAGAAUGAGGCUGAGGGACCUUAUGCUGUUGUCAUGGCACCCACUCGUGAGCUUGCUCAGCAGAUUGAGGAUGAGACUAUGAAGUUCGCUCAUUACAUGGGCAUCAAAGUGGUCUCCAUUGUAGGUGGGCAGUCUAUUGAAGAGCAGGGCUUUAAGAUCAGACAGGGGUGUGAGGUUGUGAUUGCUACUCCAGGGCGUUUAAUUGAUUGCUUGGAGAGGCGUUAUGCUGUUCUAAAUCAGUGUAACUAUGUUGUUCUUGAUGAGGCUGAUCGAAUGAUUGAUAUGGGUUUUGAGCCUCAGGUUGUGGGUGUCUUGGAUGCUAUGCCUUCGAGCAAUUUAAAACCAGAGAAUGAAGAUGAAGAGCUUGAUGAGAAAAGGAUCUAUAGAACAACUUACAUGUUUAGUGCCACCAUGCCCCCUGCUGUGGAGCGGCUUGCGAGAAAGUACUUGAGAAAUCCUGUUGUUGUCACUAUUGGUACUGCUGGAAAGGCCACUGAGUUGAUCACCCAGAAUGUGAUGAUGACUAAGGAAUCUGAGAAGUUUAGUAGAUUGCAGAGGUUGCUCGACGAGCUCGGUGAUAAGACUGCCAUUGUUUUUGUUAACACGAAGAAGAAUGCUGAUAGUGUGGCCAAGAAUUUGGACAGGGCUGGCUAUCGUGUGACGACUUUGCAUGGUGGAAAAUCACAAGAACAGAGAGAAAUAAGCCUUGAAGGGUUUCGAACCAAGAGAUAUAAUGUUCUUGUUGCUACAGAUGUUGCUGGGCGUGGUAUUGACAUACCUGACGUUGCUCAUGUCAUUAACUAUGACAUGCCCGGAAAUAUUGAGAUGUACACUCAUCGUAUUGGGCGUACUGGUCGUGCAGGGAAGACUGGAAUUGCUUCCACGUUCUUAACUAUGCACGAUACUGAUGUCUUUUAUGAUCUCAAGCAAAUGCUCAUUUCGAGUAACAGUCCUGUGCCACAUGAACUGGCGAAACACGAGGCCUCAAAGUUCAAGCCGGGAAGCAUUCCUGAUAGACCACCUAGGCGUAAUGACACUGUUUUUGCUCAUUAAGAUCACCAGUGAUUUAGUGGAUUAUACAUCUAUGCUUACUGUUUCAAGCAAGGAACUAAUACUGCUCUCAAAGUGGAGCAAACAUGACAAAUUGAAUGUUGAGAUAAACAUUACUAGACGUAAUGAUCUGUCAUUCCUCAUGAUUGGGAGUAGGAAUCCUUGCAGCUAAGCUAACUCACUAACUUCUCGUACAUAUGUAUUGUUUACACUUUACAACUUAUUUCUCUCAUUAAAGUUUUUUACUUGUGUAAAUAGUGCUAGUGUAUGUUGUAGGAUUAGAAAUCAUUCUACAACUGAGAAACUUUUCUUAUAGGCAUGAGUGGUCUUACUAAAUUUUGCCAGUUAUAUCUGUACACUGUUUUUGUCCGAGGAAUAAGCAGUCUAAAGAAUUGUGCUUU